AUGGCUGACUUGCCGCAAUCAACUCCCUCCGUGGCACAACCCACAGAUUACUCUCAUUUCGUACUUCAAGCAGUCAAAACCGGCUCGAAAGAAGGGGGUCUUGAUCAAGCAGUCGUUAGAACUGCUCUCAGUCUCUGUGCCAGUUUUCUGAUCACGGACACCAGCACAAAUGAGAUGACCCGUGGCUCACAAACAUGGUUUACGGGUCUUAACCAACUCGUUGAUCUACUCGUCGCGCUGCAUGCCCGAGAUGAACUGGAAGUUGAUACUUUCAACGCGGCUUCCAAGGUACGAGUCGGCCCUUGUGUCUUCUUCUUGCCUCACUUUGUUAGGCAUGCUCAGAGUGCUGGUCGGUUAUUGGGACUUGGCGGGGCCUAG